CUACUUUCUCUCCACUGAUAGAAACACAGAGCAGAAGUUGAGAGCGCGCCGCUCCGGAUCUGUUCAGGAGGUUUCGCCGUUGCAUUCGCGCACGCGUUCAUUCCGAGAGGAUCCGUUGGAGAAUUCUGCGACGAGAAGAUGCGACAGAGCGCGUGAUUGAUCAUUGAUUAGCGAUUGCAUGAUUGAAACAUUCGUCCACCUGCAGCUGGAGACGCCGGUGCGCUGAGCGCGUCUUGUGGGUUUUGCGCUUUUACGCAUCGGCUGGAUUUGCUCGCAGGAGGGAUGUGGAAGACACCUGUCGUGGUUUUCACUUCUUUAUCGCUUCUAUUGUCGCUGUCGUGUGCUGGAGAUGUAAAAUCGCGCAGCUGCAGCGAUGUGCGCCAGGCGUUCACGACCAAAGGCUUCAGUCUCCACAAUGUGCCACAUCAGGAGAUACAAGGUGAACAUCUGCGGGUUUGUUCCCAGGGCUACACCUGCUGCACUUCAGACAUGGAGGACCGGCUCGGCCAGCAGAGCAAGGCGGAUUUCGAGAGACUAGUGGACGGGAGCAGUCACACCAUACGGACAGUAUUUACCUCCAGACAUAAAAAGUUUGACGAAUUCUUUCUGGAGUUGCUGGACAACUCGGAAAAGUCUCUGAACGACAUGUUCGUGCGCACAUACGGCAAACUGUACACACACAACUCUGAGAUGUUCGAGGACCUGUUCUCCGAGCUCAAGCGCUACUACACCGGGGGAAACGUGAACCUCGAGGAGGUUCUGAAUGACUUCUGGUCGAGACUUCUGGAGCGCAUGUUUCAGCUGCUGAACUCUCAGUACACCUUCACUGACGACUAUCUGGAGUGUAUCAGCAAAUACACCGACCAGUUGAAACCCUUUGGAGAUGUUCCACGCAAGCUCAAGGCCCAGGUCACCAAGGCCUUUAUCGCGGCUCGAUCGUUCGUCCAAGGACUCAUGGUGGGCCGGGAAGUGGCCAACAGAGUGGCGAAGGUCAAUAUAUCUCCAGGAUGCAGUAAAGCAUUGACCAAAAUGUUGUUCUGUCCAUAUUGUGGAGGAAUGCCAGGCCUCAGACCCUGUGCCAACUACUGCCAGAAUGUGAUGCGAGGCUGCCUGGCCAACCAAGCCGACCUGGACCCGGAGUGGAACCUCUUUAUCGAUGCCAUGCUGCUGGUGGCUGACAGACUCGCAGGGCCCUUUAACAUCGAGGCCGUCAUGGACCCGAUAGAUGUAAAGAUCUCUGAGGCCAUCAUGGCCAUGCAGGACAACAGCAUACAAGUUUCAACCAAGGUAUUUCAAGGAUGCGGUCAUCCCAAACCAGCUGGAAUGGGCCGAUCUGCCCGCGGGAUCUCGGAUGUGUUCAACAGUCGCUUCAGACCGUACAGCCCAGAAGAGAGACCCACCACGGCAGCCGGCACCAGCCUGGACAGACUGAGGAUUGUCUGGAGGACGAUGCAACACAGCGUGAUCGACAUUAAGGACAAGCUAAGGGAGUCGAAGAGAUUCUGGUCGUCGCUGCCAGACAGCAUCUGUGCCGAGGACACGGUGACUGACCCAGAUGAGGAGCAGUGCUGGAACAGCCACACAAAGGGAAGAUAUUUUCCUGAAGUCGUUAAAGACGGCCUUACGAACCAGCUCAAUAACCCAGAGGUGGAAGUGGACAUCACGAGACCCGACACCUUCAUCAGACAGCAGAUCAUGACCCUGAGAGUGAUGACCAACAAGCUACGAAACGCCUACAACGGCAAAGACGUCUACUUUCAAGACUCAAGUGACGAGGAGAGCGGCUCGGGCAGCGGAAGUGGCUUCACGACAGAACCUGAAGUGAUCCACACGGAGCCCCCGAUGUUGGAAGCAGACAAAAGCGACCCGCAACCAACGGCAGGCGCAGCCCAUCGGCACAAGCCUUCGCUGCAGUUACUAGCGUCUGUCCUGGCCCUCACAGCACUGGUCCUGUGCUGGAGAUAAUGGCAGGAGGAGGCACUCAGCCACACGCACUCUUAAGACACACAGCGCCGCUCACGCUGGUAGCCUUUCCGGAACCGGACUGGACCUUUUACAAAAAAAUAUCAAGAAAAAAGCCCAAGGA